AUGGGUUCCAGUUCGAAGAAGAAAAAGGAAAAGCAGAAGGAUUUCCAGAAACCCAAACUCAAGGUCGGAAAGGCCAAGGCAAAGCCGGAAAAUUUUACAGACACCAGUUUCCAGUCAAAGUCAAUUGUCUUGAACCAACAAUCGCUCAGACUCACUGCUCCAUCUUCCAACGCUGUCUUCUCCCAUCAUGUCUCGCUUCUGACUUCCAAGUCGGAUACCCAGCGGAGGGAUUCCUUGGCUCACCUGACUACGUCCAUCGUCUCGCGGCCUGUGGAUUCUCCCCUUCCGCAGCCGGUGAGCGUCAUCUUACCAAGUCUGCUGCCUCUUAUUCUGGACGGAAGCAACAACGUCCGCACUCAAUUACUCAAGCUCUUCCGGUCUCUCCCCGCGACAGACGUGGAAGACCACGUCGCACAGCUAAUGCCGUACAUCCGCGCCGGCAUGACCCAUCUCGCAGCCGACAUUCGCCUCUCGGCCGUCGAGAUUCUCUCCUGGCUAGUCGACGUCGCAGGGUCAGAAGUCGUCUCUUGCGCCGGCGCCUGGAUCAAAACCAUCAACUGCUUCCUGUCCAUCCUAGGCUGGCACACGGAGGAAUCAUCAAAAUGGUCCUCGAGUCGUGCCUCGUUCGGCAAAUCCGGAAGCCAGGGAAAACCAAUGAUUAAAGUCCUCUCGGGUCUAGCUGUUUUCCUCAACGCAGGAAUCGGGAAACCGGAAGAAGACACCGUCAUGCAGUCCGACGACGAGCAGGUUCCAACCGGUGUUUCGAAUUGGGAAUUUCCUCUCUGCCAGACGAACCAGCAUAUGAUUCCUCAGUCAUCGACACCUUACUCGUAUCUGAAUUUGUUCGGGCAGCCUCGCGAUGAGGAGGGUGAGAUGUAUGAAACCCGUGAGGAUCGGUAUCGUGUUUUCUCCAAUCGGUUCAUGAAGGCUAUCGAGCGGGGCGUGGAGAAUGCGCGCAAGGAGGGAGGAGAGCUUGGUCGGGCUUCUUCUGGUGUGAAUAAGGUAUUGAGGGAGGCUGUUGCGUAUGGGCCGGGGCCGUGA